AUGGAUAAAGACUUUCGGUAUUAUUUCCAGCAUCCCUGGUCUCGCCUAAUUGUGGCUUAUUUGGUGAUUUUCUUUAACUUCUUAAUAUUUGCGGAGGACCCAGUUUCUCACAGCCAAACAGAAGCCAAUGUUCUUGUUGUUGGAAACUGUUUUUCAUUUGUCACAAAUAAAUACCCUAGAGGAGUUGGCUGGAGGCUUUUGAAGGUGCUUCUAUGGCUACUUGCCAUUCUCUUAGGACUAAUAGCUGGCAAAUUUCUGUUCCAUCGGAGUUUGUUUGGGCGGCUACUCCGGCUAAAAAUGUUUCGAGAGGAUCAUGGGUCAUGGAUGACAAUGUUCUUCAGCACAAUUCUCUUUCUCUUCAUAUUUUCUCACAUAUACAACACGAUUCUUCUAAUGGAUGGGAACAUGGGAGCGUAUAUCGUUACAGACUAUAUGGGCAUCCGAAAUGAAAGUUUCAUGAAGUUAGCUGCAGUAGGGACCUGGCUGGGGGACUUUGUCACAGCUUGGAUGCAAACAUAAAACAUUCUCCAGAAUAGACCAUAUAUGAAAUGGGGCAAAGUUGCCAGGUCUUUCUUCCAAGCAUCUGUGGGUGGAUUCAAACUGCUGAUGUUUUGGACGGUUCUUUUUACUCUGACUUCUGUAGUUGUACUUGUCAUCACAACUGACUGGAUCAGCUGGGACAAGUUGAAUCGGGGAUUUUUGCCCAGCGAUGAAGUUUCCAGAGCAUUCCUGGCUUCUUUCAUCUUAGUCUUUGACCUUCUCAUUGUGAUGCAGGACUGGGAAUUCCCACAUUUCAUGGGAGAUGUAGAUGUAAAUCUCCCUGGGUUGCACACUCCUCACAUGCAAUUCAAGAUUCCUUUCUUCCAGAAGAUCUUCAAGGAAGAAUAUCAUAUUCACAUAACAGGUAAAUGGUUUAAUUAUGGAAUCAUCUUUCUCGUCUUGAUUUUGGAUCUUAAUAUGUGGAAGAACCAGAUAUUUUAUAAACCUCAUGAAUAUGGGCAAUAUAUUGGCCCAGGGCAGAAGAUUUAUACAGUGAAAGACUCAGAAAGUUUAAAGGAUUUGAACAGAACCAAGCUGUCUUGGGAAUGGAGGUCCAAUCACACUAACCCUGAGACUAAUAAAACAUAUGCUGAGGGAGACCUUUUCUUACACAGCAGGUACAUAGGGGCUAGCCUUGAUGUCAAGUGUCUGGCCUUUGUUCCAAGCUUGAUAGCUUUUGUGUGGUUUGGAUUCUUCAUCUGGUUCUUUGGACGAUUUUUGAAAAAUGAGCAAGGCAUGGAGAAUCAAGACAAAACUUACACUCGCAUGAAAAGAAAAUCCCCAUCAGAACAUAGCAAAGACAUGGGAAUCACUAGAGAAAACACCCAGGUCUCAGUGGAGGACCCGUUGAAUGACCAUGACCCUCCUUUGGUUUGCAUCAGGUCUGAUUUCAAUGAGAUUGUCUACAAGUCUUCCCACCUAACAUCUGAAAACUUGAGCUCACACUUGAAUGAAUCCACCAGCACAACAGAGGCUGAUCCAGACCCAACUAAAAGUACACUUACGAACUAG